AUAACUUGUUUUAUCAGCCAAUUUAUUGCUUCUCGCCUGCAUAUCUAAAGUCUUGUAUUUGAUUCACUAGUUUCCUUUCAAAUGGCUGCCGUGACAACUCCAGACCGUGCUGACAGGCUCGAAUCCUCUGGGUUCUCUUCGCAUCGCUACCUCAGCCUCGCGAUGACAAUGGACAAGGACGAAGGAACGGCCAUUUUCCGGCGCUUUGGAGAUCUCAAUAUGUUGAAUCUCUUGAGCCUCCAAGCUGAAUUGAUGAAGCUUAGAAAUGAUCUACAAGAGUCAUGUGUCCAAAACGCGACGGAGGCCGAAGACUACGCUCGAGGUUACCUUAACGCAUACUCCCUACCAUCGCGUGCAAAUGAGGAAGAAACGGAAGCUUCCAUCGAGAAGAAAGAAAAGGAGAAGUUGCAACUUCUGAUAAGCAUCCGGAACAAGCUGAGAGAGUACAAUAGUGCUCUGUUAGAGGCUGCUCAGAUCAGAAACCUUGAACCACCCGAUAAAGACGACAUUGAAUACCUUCGUGCUUGGCUCAGGCCCGAGUUCAGAGGUAAAGACCUUAAAGACAGCGAUCGGGCCUGCUGGGACCCCGAAAACAACGACGACUUAGUGUCCAUUAAGAGCCAGUUGGAAAAAGGCAAUAAAAUCAUCACCAACUUCAAAUUCGCUGUUCAAAUAAUUCAAUAUAAACUGUGGGGAUAUCGAAAAAUGACAAGCAACCAAGCAAACUCUAACGUAAUUCACUUCGGAAAGGAAGAAGGUCGUCUCAGCCGUACAAAGAUAGAGAGGAAGACUGCUUUCGUCUCACGCCUCGUGAUGGCAUUAUUUGGAGGAAUUGCGCUCAUCGUGCCGACAAUUAUCAUGGCAAAGCAUCAAGAUCUCAACUUUAGCCUCGGCACAACAUCUAUAGCAACACUGCUAUUUGCAAUCAUUCUGGCAUUUGGCGCAAGGGAUAGUACUGGCAAGGACGUAUUGGCGGCAACAGCUGCCUAUGCAGCAGUUCUUGUUGUGUUCAUUGGCACGGGUCUUGCUUCAACUACCACAACAUCGACCAUUUCCGGGGCAGGAAUCACUUCAGCAAGUUCAACAUCAGCACAAGCUACUACUUGAUAUUAGAGAUAGUGUUCUUUGGCAUUUUUACUUUCUAUAGUAAUGUUCAUUCUCUAG